AUGUAUGGUGUUCCAAGUUACAUGAUGUCAUUUUGUCUUUAUCUUGAUGAACAUAUUCGAAGACACUGUGACUUACAAUUGCGAACCUUGUGUAGUGGUGGGGAAUCAAUGACGCCGAAUUUAAUUCGGCUGUUGAAUGAGAAGUUGAUAUCGAAGACGGCGGUCGUGUCAAGAGUUCGUUUAUGGAAUCUUUAUGGACCUGCUGAAACAACUCUAGAUUCAACUUAUUAUUUAACACAUGUAUCUGAUUCCACACUUUCGAAGAUUCCUAUCGGUAAACGUCUUCCGAACUAUGACUGUCUGGUACUUGACGAGAUGUUACAACCAACUGUGAUCGAUCAAGAAGGUGAAUUAUAUAUUGGUGGUGUGGGUGUGUUUGCUGGUUAUCUAAACCGUGAUGAUCUGUCAGCAAAGGCACUGGUAGAAAUCGAUGGACAAUUGUUCUAUCGAAGUGGUGACCUCGUACGUAUCGACAGCAAUGGUCUUAUUUACUAUAACGGUCGCAAAGAUUACCAAGUGAAACUUCGAGGUCAGCGCAUUGAGUUACGUGAGAUUGAACAUUGUCUUCUCUGUACUGGCAUUUCUGCGUGUGUUGUCACUAAAUGGGGUGAUGAUCAUCUCGUUGCUUAUGUACAAGGCCAUGCUAAUCCCAAACAUUGUUCAUUUAAUUCCUAUUAUUAUCUUCAUAAAAUAUGGUUACGACAACUUAUUAUAACAUCUUUUUAUCAGGCAUUUGAAUUCUUACCUCGUUAUGAAGAAUUUUCAAUAGUUGUCCUCCGUUGGCUGGGUGCCCACGUUGACGAUGAUGUAAAGAUUGCUCAUAUCAUACCAAUUUUACGAUAUCCAUCAAAUCUUCUAAAAAUUGAACGUGGGGUGUCAACAUUUGGUUAUGUUAUGCUUGCUCCAUUCGAAAUAACAAAUGAAGGUGAUUGUUCUUUAGAUUAUAUCUCUCUCGGAUCUGGCACCAAUCUUGCCAAUAGAUGUACGCUUAUGCCAGGUACACGAUUAUCAUGUAAUACAAUAAUUGGUAAUCUGACUAGAGUCACAAAAGAAACGGCAAGCGAUGCUGCUGCAUGUGUUGGUGUAUUUCAAUAUGGAAAAGUAGAAAUUAUUGCGAAUGAUCAGGGUAAUCGAACUACACCCUCCUACGUUGCGUUCACAGAUAGUGAACGUUUAAUAGGUGAUGCAGCUAAAAACCAAGUUGCUAUGAAUCCAAAUAAUACAGUAUUUGAUGCUAAACGACUGAUCGGUCGUAAAUUUGAUGAUUCAACUGUACAAUCCGAUAUGAAACAUUGGCCAUUUAAACUUAUCUUGGUAAAAAAAGUUUCAGAAGCUGUUGUUACUGUACCAGCUUAUUUUAAUGAUUCACAACGACAAGCAACAAUAGAUGCUGGUGUUAUUGCUGGUCUUAAAAUCUUACGAAUAAUAAAUGAACCAACGGCAGCAGCAAUUGCCUACGGUUUAGAUAAAAGAACAACAGGUGAAAAAAAUGUUCUUAUAUUUGAUUUGGGUGGUGAAGAUUUUGAUAGUCGUAUGGUGACACAUUUUGUACAAGAGUUAAAAAGAAAAACCAAUAAGGAUAUAUUACAAAAUCCACGUGCUCUACGACGAUUACGUACGGCAUGUGAACGAGCGAAACGCACAUUGUCAGCAUCAGCUCAAACAACAAUUGAAAUUGAUUCUCUUCAUGAAGGUAUUGAUUUUCAUACAGCAAUAACAAGAGCAUGCUUUGAAGAACUAUGUGCUGAUCUAUUUCGUUCGACACUUGAACCAGUGGAAAAUGCUCUACGUGAUGCACGAAUGGAUAAAUCAAACAUUGAUGAAAUUGUACUUGUUGGUGAUUCCACACGAAUUCCAAAAGUACAAAAAAUACUACAAGACUUCUUCAAUGGUAAAGAAUUAAACAAAGGAAUCAAUCCUGAUGAAGCGGUAGCCUAUGAUGCAGCGGUUCAAGCAGCUAUACUAACAGGUGAUAAAUCCGAAGAAGUUAAAGAUGUACUUCUUCUAGAUGUUGUACCAUCGUCAUUGGGUAUUGAAACAGCUGGUGGUGUUAUGACAACAUUAAUUAAACGCAAUUCACCGAUGAUGACAAAACAAACACAAACGUUCAGUACAUAUUCAGACAAUCAAUCUAGUGUUGAUAUCAAAGUUUUCGAAGGUGAACGCACAAUGACAAAAGAUAAUCAUCUAUUAGGAAAUUUUGAAUUAACUGGUAUUCCACCUGCACCACGUGGUGUACCACAAAUUGAAGUUACAUUUGAUAUUGAUUCUAAUGGAGUAUUACAUGUAUCUGCAGUUGAAAAAUCAACUGGCAAUGAAAAAAAGAUACAAAUUCGAAACGAUCAAAAUCGCUUAUCAUCAGAAGAAAUUGAACCAAGAAAUUCACUUGAAUCAUAUUGUUUUAAUAUAAAAAGAAGUAUUAAUGAUGAUAAAAUUUCAUCAAAACUUUCAACUGAUAAUAAAACAAAAAUUAAUGAAACAAUUGAAUCAACAUUAAAAUGGAUUGAAACUAAUCGAUUGGUUGAAAAAGAUGAAUUUGAACAUAAUUUGAAAGAAAUGGAAAAAAUUUGUUCGCCAAUCAUGGAAAAACUUCAUAAUAAUGAACAAUUCACCGAAAGUACAUCGAAAUCACAUACUAAUGGUCCAACAAUUGAAGAACUUGAUUAA